AUGAGCCGUAAGCGAAAUCGUCCGGAAGAAUGGGGUGACAUCGAGCCCUCUCCUGUCAUUCACAUUACGGAUCUGCCGGAACACACGCUAGAAAUCGACUUGGAGAAGUUAUUUGACAAGUACGGCCGCAUAGUUGAAAUAAUCAUGCUACCCAACAAACGUCAGGCUCUUGUCGAGUUCGAGGAUCAGAACGAUGCUGAUCGUGUUAUUCAAAGAUCCAACGAAUAUCCGUUUAUGGUUGGCAAUCAGCGUCUUCGAUUGGCAUAUAGCACUUCAAAGCGGUUGACGUUUCGUGGUCGCCUUGACGAUGGUACCAUACAGAGUGACCGGCCACCACCUAUGGAAAAUAAUAUUCUCCUUUUGACAAUCUACAAUGCCCAGUAUCCCAUAACAGUGGAUGUUAUUCAUCAAGUCACUAACCGUCACGGCAAGGUGCUAAGGAUAGUCAUCUUUCGAAAAACUGGUGUUCAAGCCAUGGUUGAAUUUGCUACAGUCGCAGACGCCCGGGAAACUAAACGUCAUAUAAACGGCGCGGACAUCUACUCCGGAUGUUGCUCUCUCAAGGUCGAGUACGCAAAGCAGACAAGACUGAAAGUAACGCGGAACUGCCUUGAUAGUUGGGACUACGAGAACCCGACUCUUAUGGAUGAGACUGGGAUGGGCGUUCAGGGAAGACCUGUGGCCGCCGCUGCAGCUGCUUCUCUGUUGGGUAAAUUUGAUGGCGAGUUAGCAAAACGGGCUGAUGCUUACCUGCCUGGUAACCUCGCUGCCGUCUCACCCAACUCUGUCAUCAGCGCACUCGCAAUGGUGGCCGCAGGACAGCAGCAGCAACAGCAACAACAGGGUGCUUUUGGCGGUGGAUACUCCGACUUAAGUGAUAGAUCCGCUAGUCCCGUCAUUAUGGUGUACAACUUAAACAUGGCCCACGCCAACUGUGACAGAUUGUUCAAUUUGUUCUGCCUUUAUGGGGACGUUGGUCCGAUAAAAUUCCUUCGCUCGAAGGAAGGAACGGCAAUGGUAGAAUUACACGGGAUUGCCAACGCUAACAGUGCCCUUGCCAACCUACCGAUGAUUUCAUUCGCUGGAAAACGGCUCAGCGGUCAACUGAGCCGACAGCAGCACAUAGUCGAGGUCACUCAGCCCUACAUCCUGCCCGAUGGCAGCCCCUCAUUCAAAGACUUCACAGGCUCCCGGAACAAUCGGUACACCCACGACAGUGCCGCGAAAAAUCGCGUCUACCCUCCCUCGCGCAUGCUUCACUUCUGGAACUGCCCUCCCGGCAUUAGUUCCUCACAACUUCAGGAGGUCUUUGCCCACGCUGGGGUCUCUGUCCCCAAUGUGGUGAGUCUCUUCAAGAAAAACGAGCGUAACUCGUCCGGAGUGCUUGAGUGGAACUCCGUGGAAGAAGCAUGUGACGCCCUAAUCUUCUGCAAUCAUACUGUCAUCCCUUCGCCUGGUGACCGUGUGCCCUUUGUUAUGCGUCUUGCCUUCUCUAGCUCGGGAGCUGCUGAACGCCGCUAUUCACGCACUCCCGUUGGCAGCAACUCCUCCUCUAAUGGGUGGCAUCUUUCCUCCGGUAAAAUUCCCAGUGCCGCCGCCAGUGGGUCCGGACCAGCCUCCGCUGGGUCUGCUGCACCCACCGUUGCAGCUGGUAUCAACAACAAAGGGGAUAACUAA